UGAUAGGCAUUCACAUAGUUUUAUUCAAAGAAUUAGCUCGUUCUAAAGAAAAUUAUGAUGGACUCAUUACCAAUGUUUCACAUGCUUGUUAUAACUACAAUGAUCAUAACUGCUGAUGGACAGAUAAACCGUUAUAUAAAUCCUACAUGGCUGGAAAUGGAUGCUAACAGCGAAUUCUAUCCUGGUGGUGAAGUAAUAAGUCAAAUCCUUCAAGCUUACGGUUUAGGAGAUAGUUAUGGACCUUCACGACUUAGAUCAUCUGUUCUCGAUCGGAAUGGUUACGGGAGAUCUUAUCCAAGAAACCGAAUUGUAAACAAUUUGAACAAUGUAUAUGACUCAGAUCCUUUAUUAACUCAGGAAUACGUUGAUCGUAAUUAUGAUUAUGUUGACAACACAAUCAGGGGUUCUAACCAUAGGAAUAGGAAUAGUUUAAUCGAUAUUCCUCGGAGAACUAGGAUUAAUAUGGUUUCUGCUCCGAGAACUAUUUAUUACCCAGCCGAUUACGUAGACAGAGAUCCUCCAGCACUAUCUUACUCAAGGUCAAGAUCGGUAAUCGGAGAUCCAGUAACGUCCCAGGAACUAAUAGUUCGUGGCCGAGAAACUUCGAGACUUAUCCCAAGAUCCACUGUGGCAACCGAAACCAACGAAAAACGCAAAAUUUAGCAGAUUUCCAUACAUAUAUCAUGAGUUCAGUAAUGUCUAGACAUGGUGUGUGACUUGGAUAAAAAUUAAGUUAUAAAAUCAAGUAUUUUGACUUUAUAUAAUACUUGUCCUAUAUAUGUAUAUUACAAAGUUG